AUGAUUGUCGCCGACGUCUUUGCUGUGCAUACAACUGAGCAAUUUCUCCAUUGGAAACGUUCCUACGUCCCCACACUUGCCGUAUGGCAGCGCGCACCUCGACAACUGAUUCAAGGCAUUGCAAAAGGCACAUUCAAGUUGCAACCCUCCUUUCUCCCUCUGUGUGUCCCUUCUUCCGCUGUCUCUCCAUCAUCCAGUCCUUCAUUGCAACCAUUUGUUGAUCACCUCACAACUGACAACAACCUUGCAGUGACUUCCACUGGCUUUGAAGAUGCCACUGACCACUUCCUUUUUGAAUGCCCACCCAAGGCAGCGGUCUGGCAGGGUAUUAUCUCUGAGUUCCUCUGGCCCACGGUAACUAUUGAUGAUAUCCGCCAUUCCCUCCUCACUCUCGACUUUUACAAUAUUCGAUAUAGUCAGCGGCCUCGUGCUUCCUCCCACCAUACAGUCAUCAUUGCAAUGUCUAACUUUUGGAAGGCUCACUAUCGUCUUAUCUUCGAUCAAACUUCCUUCGCUCCCGCUGCUCUGCUGAAUAGUAUCCGACUCGACAUUAUUAUUCAAAAGAUGAUCGACGAAGCUCUCAUUCAUGCCAGCCUAUAA